UGGAUAUGUGACCUGUCACACGGCUGGCUGAGUGGUGCCGUCAGAUCCAGGGAAUGAAUAACACACAGACAGAUGAAAUGAAAUGAUGAAGGCGUUUGCUUGCUCCGGUUUAUUAUAAAUAAAAAGGUUUGAACAAAACACAAGACACGGCACUUUACGCCAAAAUAAACAGACAAACAAAACGGACUAACAUUAACAAACGGUGGAUGGACAGACACACAAACAUGAUGAAGUCAACACUGGUGGUUGUCCUGAUCCUCUUGCAACUAAGCUUAAAAUGUGUCCAUCCAUCCUCCAUUCCACCCAAAAGCCUGAAGGAAAUUGUUGAGAAGACAGCAAAAACUGAUUCGGCAGAGCGGACUCUCAAUCCCAAUCUCGAAGAAAUCAUUCCACCACUUGUGUUCAGCUCUGCAGUAGAACAUGAAGAGAACCCAGCCAAGCUUUUGCAUCAGAGUGGGGAGAAGUCUCAUUCUAUAUUUGGUGACAACAUUAAUCUGAAAUGGGUUAGUUGGAACGGGACAAUGCCUAAUGGAGCAAUGUCAAUCUGGAAUGGGUAUGCUGAACGGUUAGACUAUGUCUGUAAAUUCAACUGUGAAGCUGGCUUUUACAACCCAAGUAAAGGCCAACACUGUCGGUAUCCAUAUGCUGAUAAAGAGUAUUAUGCUUCUAAUUUUGAGCUACUGGUCAAUCAGGACCACUUUGAAUUUGUAGAGUGGAUUGAUGGAUCAUAUGGUUCUGUUCCAACAAAUGCCAUCAAAACCUGUUCAGGGGUUGGUAUCUAUGUAGGAAAGAAUAAGUAUGGUUUAGGAAAGGUAGCCACUCAGCAUGAAGCUUUCUUCCUGCCAUGGGAGGGUGACGAGUACUGGUACAAGAAAUACCAAGUUCUUUCCAUCAAUAGAGAAUCCUACAGCCAGCAUAUAUCCCAUGUUGAGUAUGGAAUAGACCAGAUGGAGCUGUUCCACCACCCUCCUGAAACAUUAAGAUUGUCCUCUGUCUCCAACAACGAAUGUAAAACUGUGAAAAAGACAGUCAGCUUAGAGAAAAACACUGAAGUCAAGACUAGCUGGGAUAUAGGCCGCUCAACUAUGAAUAUCUCAACAUCCAGUAUCAGUACAGCAAUGCCCGUUAUUGGUAGCACAUCUGUGGGGUUCACAAAGGAGAAAACUUUCCACUUUUCUGAAGGCACUUCUAUAGUAGAAUCCAUUGGUCACUCAGUCUCCCUUGAAAUAGACAUACCACCCAAUCACUCUUGCACAGUGAAAAUGGAAGCUAAAAAGAUGACCGCAGAUAUUCCCUUUACAGCACGACUGAGCCGCACAUACAUUAAUGGGGAUACUCACUGGACCACAGUUGUAGGCAAGUAUGAUGGUGUGCAGAUAGGGGAGCUGAAAGCAGUGGUGGAACGCUGCCAGCCCAUCACUGAUGCGAAACCAUGUCCAAACACUUAAUCAGACUAGCAUCAACAGCUUCUUAAAUAGAACAGGACAAUGUGAAACCUGUUCUGCUGCUAUUUACACAUAUCUUAUACUUAUCAAUGUCUGAUGUGUGAAAGAAUAGAUGUUUAGAAUGGCAAAGUCAAUGUCCAGGAACACCUUGGAAAUUAGAAAAAUGUGAAUGAUUUCUUAUGCUAAAAUAAAAAAAAAAAUAUUGACUUGAGUGAUGAUCAAGCCGAGUAUAUCUGGUACCUUUUUUUAAAUCUCUUUUUACCCCAUUCAUAAGUAAUAUGCUAUUAUACAGUGUCAGUAAAAUGUAUCCCUGGCAUGUACAUAAUUAGAGCUAUCAUUAUCAUGGAAAAAUAGACUAAAAUGAGCUACAUGUAAUCUGGGAAUAUAUGGAGGUGUCUGUCUGUACUUUGUAAUGGAUCUUCUCCUAGUGGCUGAGUUAAUAAUACUGACAUCAGCAAAAGACACAUACUUCCUUCACAACUGCAAAGCUUGUUCCAGCCCCUGCAUCAAGUGAUGCUACUAUUAUUUAUUUCUUAGCGGACGCCCUUAUCCAGGGCGACUUACAAUUGUUACAAGAUAUCACAUUAUUUUUACAUACAAUUACCCAUUUAUACAGUUGGGUUUUUACUGGAGCAAUCUAGGUAAAGUACCUUGCUCAAUGGUACAGCAGCAGUUUCCCCCACCUGGGAUUGAACCCACGACCCUCCGGUCAAGAGUCCAGGUCCCUAACCACUACUCCACACUGCUACUAACAUGUGUAACCAGACAUCAUAGUACUGUAUAUCAAGAUCAUAGUUUGCAAAUGCAGAAACCUGAUGU